AUGUUUCCGUGUUGUAGAAGCCAUCUUCUUUUUUCCUUUGCUACAAGCUGUCUUCUUAUUACUUCCUUGCAAGCUCCCUUCUUUCUUCUUCUCUGCAAGCCUUCUUCUGUCUUUUUUGUAAGACCUCGUAUUUCUCCUUCACUGCAAGCCCACUUUCUUCUCCCCCCCUCUUCAAGCCUCCUUCUUUCCCCUUUUCGGCAAGCGCUUUAUCUGUAUACCCCCCCACACCUUCUCUACAACCCUAAUUCUUUUUCCCUAUCUGCUUCUAUCUUUUUUACUUUCAUCUAUAGACUGACUCUCAUUUCUUUUCUCUCUGUAAUCCCUCUUCACUUAUCUUCUCAGCGUGCCCUCUAUCUUCUUUGCAAGCCCCUUUCUUUCUUUUGCCGAAAACCUCUUCUUUUUCUUCUACAAGCCCUCACGUGUCUCCUUCUCUGCAAGACCUCAUCUUUCCUCUUCUGUAAGUAUACGUCUUUCUUCGUUGCAAGACUUCAUCUUUCUCUAAUCUGUAAGCCCACUUCCGUCUUUUUAAAUCCUUUUCUUUCACCUUCUUCGCAAUCCCUCUUCUUCAUAAGAACUUUUCUUUAUUCUAUGCAAGCCCCCACUUCUUCCUUCUUCGUAAGACCUCUUCUUUCUCCUUCUCCGAAAUACCCCUUCUUUCUUCUUCGUAAGACGUCUUCUUUCUUCUCUGCAAGCCCCCUUUCUUCCUUCUUUGUAAGACCUCUUUUUUCUCCUUCUUUGAAAGACCCCUUCUUUCUUCUUCGUAAAACCUCUUCUAUCUUCUCUGCAAGUCCCCCUUCUUUCUUUGUAAGACCUCUUCUUUCUCCUUCUCUCAUUGUCUGCUUCUUUCUUGUCUAUUUUGCCUCUUUCUCUUGGAGAAGUUGA